UUUGCCCUUCCCACCGGCCGUAUGGCCGCCUCUUCCUACGCGUAUUCUCUUUCUUUCUCCUCUGCUGAGGAGCCUUCGUUUGCUUGCUUGGUGUUCUUCGAAAGUCACAGAACAUCACCGUCCAAUUAAUUCAUUAAUCCGUCCUCUAGAGCUUCCUUUGCUCGAAGGUUCCUCUCUCGUCUAUCCCCGCCCGGCCCCAGAUUUUCUUUCCCGUUUCACUUUCCUGUUCCGGCUGAUCGAAGACUAGUCAAGUUCCUCUUUUUGAUUCGUGGGCAUGCUGUAAAUCGAGUCUCCAUCCCGCUUCUUGUUCCGGGUCGGUUGUUUUUCUGUUGUCGAGAGCUUGCUUGUUUGAACGGGGGAAGUCUGCGCAAUUAGGAUUGGAAAUUAAGAUGUCAUUUUCAUUGUCCCCCCUGCAUAUGUAGAAGUUGGCUUGAAUUAGUUGCAGGAAGGAUCUAAGGUCCUCAAGUAAAAGCCUAGGAGCUGCAAAGUCUUGAUCUUUCUCAUUGGACUCUCCAACCUUCAAAAGAAAAGCAUUGAUGGCGAAUCCCAGUGCAUCAACAUCAAUAGUUGCCUUGGAAUCCUCUGAACAGAGGGGUACAUGCUCGGUUGAUUCUAACAUGAACCCGAAUCCAACCAUGAGCCAGAUUGAUUUGGAUGGCCCUGUUGCGAUCCUCUGGGACAUCGAGAACUGUCCGGUCCCAAGUGAUGUCCGCCCUGAGGAUGUAGCAGGCAACAUCAGAAUGGCCUUACAAGUCCACCCUGUGAUAAAAGGAGCUGUUAUGUCAUUCUCUGCCUUUGGAGACUUUAAUGCCUUCCCGCGGCGACUAAGGGAAGGUUGCCAGAGAACUGGUGUGAAGCUUGUUGACGUCCCAAAUGGGAGAAAGGAUGCUGCGGAUAAAGCCAUUUUAGUUGAUAUGUUCCUGUUUGCGCUGGACAACCCUCCACCCUCAUCAAUAAUGUUGAUUUCUGGGGACGUUGACUUUGCCCCUGCGCUUCACAUCCUUGGCCAACGUGGGUACACUAUUAUUCUUGUCAUUCCCUCUGGUGUUGGAGUGUCAUCAGCUCUCUGCAAUGCCGGUAAGUUCGUCUGGGAUUGGCCCAGCGUGGCCCGUGGGGAAGGGUUCUUGCCUCCAAGUAAGGCAUUAAUGCCUCCUCGUGGUGGUUGGCCUGCCGAUGUUUCAGGGCAUCUCGCAGGUUGCUGUAUCAAUGAGACCCUGAGUGGGCAGAACGAGGAGGAGGCAAUUGUGUACCGAGGAAUCUCAAGAAGCUUUUGCAACUCGAGAGAUUAUUCUAUAAUCGCUCAUUCCUUGACUGAAUACAACACUGGAGCAAUCUCUAUGUCCUCUUAUCCCGCAAUGGCAAGAUCAGAAUCUGGGUUCAAUGAAGUGAAUGGGGGAGUUCCCUCUGCAUUGGAUCAAAAUAAUCCGACUGCAUGGGUCCAGCCCGGAGACCUAAAUGGUCUCAAGGGGCAAUUGGUGAAGCUCCUUGAGCUCGCAGGUGGGUGCCUGCCCCUGACCCGAAUUCCAUCUGAGUACCUGAAGAGCUUUGGGCGGCCACUCUACGUAUCAGAGUAUGGAGCAGUGAAGCUUGUCAAUCUCUUCAGGAAGAUGAGUGAUGCUAUUGCUGUAGAUGGUAAAGGCCAUAGAAAGUUCGUCUACCUCCGGAACUGGAAAGCGGGCCCAAACCGAAGCGAGCCCCCAUCAGCUUCAGCAGGAAAGGGCAAGAAAGUUAGAGGGUUUCCAGAAGAGAGUGGAGAUGUCAUAACAGGUUGUUCUGGGUCCUCAGAGGAGUUCUCAGAUGAGGAUCGGGUGCUGAUGGAGGAACAAAGGAAUAAGAGCGAGGAUCAGAGCCUCCAGGAGUUCAAGUACGAGCUGCAGGAAAUUCUUGUGAGCUACUCCUGUAGGAUCUUCUUGGGCUGCUUUGAGACGGUUUACGAGCAGCGGUACAAGAGGCCGUUGGAUUACCGCAAGCUUAGAGUGGAGGGGCUCGAGGAGCUGUUCAAGAAGAUGAGAGAUGUUGUGAACUUGCAUGAGGAUCCCGUGAGCAAGAGGAAGUUUAUAUCUGCUAUCUGUGGGUAAGAAGAGGAACUUAGGGUCUCCCCGUGCUCAUGUAAUCCAUGACGCUUUUUAAGUUAUACACAGAUCUGUGCGUCGAAGCAUGCUUGUCAUUCUGCCCGGCUUUGUAAGCUCUGUGCUGAAGCCGCUGCUGGAUCUGUGGUACAUGCACGAUCCUGUCAUGAGGUCCCCAUUGUACAGUGGCAGGCUGCUUCCGGCAUGGAAUAGGCUCUGCAAAAGUCGCAUAAAUAGGUGAUUGCUUUGAGCUUUGGAGCACCGAGUUUUUUGGGCUAGAAGUGCAUCCGGGUACAUGGAUUUGGCGUUUGUUUUCUUGUUUUUGGCACGACAAACAAUUCCAUGUAGAACAAACAAGCUCAAGCCUGUCAUCUUAAAUGAUAUCAUCUUCUUCUCCAAUUUAAGGAAUCAGUUCGAUGGCCUUCA